AUGGCUAUAAAAAGCCUUCUGAUGUGUCACCAAGCGACAUUAGCAGAGCAAGGCAUCAUGCAGCGGACAGCAGCAGCUCUGAUCACCCUCUUCCUAGUGGCUUACAGCGAUGCCUCAGUUAUCAAAGAACUCACGACAGGAGAAGACCGAGCCCAAGUUCAGCUAUCGAGGAACCGCCUUUUCUCCGAUGCCAUAGAUCUCAAGGUGGAAGCCUUCGGUGAAGAAUACAGCCUUCGUCUUUUGCCUGCGACCUCUGUUUUAGUCGAAGAUUUCAGAAUGCAGCGAGCUACUCGAAGUAAAGAGGGCCAUUUAAUCAUAGAAGAUUUGAGAGUUGGUAGACCUAACUGUGUGUAUCAGGAUACAGCUCUACAGGCCUCACUUAUAGUGGAGGGGAACACAGUUGAUGGCUUCAUAACAUCAAACAUUGCCUUUAGACCUAACCCUGAUGGAACUCAUGUAGCCUACCAACCUUAUUUCCAGCCAUUUCCUAAAUCAUGGAAUGCGACUGCAGACUACAUGAAAGUACCAGAAAAUCUGAUUGAGCCUAGGAAUGUCAUUGCUGAUCUCAGAGCAGACGGAACGGUAUAUCCAGAGAUCUAUGUGUUAGUGGACAGUACCAUCUCUUCACUUUUGGGGGACCAUGGCAAAAUCCAAGAUUAUUUGUCUGUCUUUUGGAAUGCUGUCAAUCAGAGGUACGCAGGACUGAAAGACCCCCAGAUGAGACUUAGAUUGGCUGGUGCCCUGAUCAUUGACACCCCAGCUGAUGAACCUUUCAUCACAAAUAACAUUCUGUCAAAAGACUAUAUUUCAGGGGAAGGGACUCUGGACUCUCUUGGUGACUGGCUCUAUACAAGGGCUCAGCUGCCAAAGUAUGACAUAGCUUAUCUGAUGACAGGAAGAAACAUGGCUACGGUUGACUCUGGGGUGAUUCAGGAUGGCCUAGCUGGGAUAUCUUGGCAAGGGGGCGCUUGCCUGAUCUCAGAUGAAAUGCAGAGGUCUUUCAACACUGCAAUGGGGGAAGAUGUCGGUGCUGUUUAUUCAGGCGUCUUGACAGCUGCCCAUGAGGUUGCUCAUACUCUCGGUGUGCCCCAUGAUGGAGUUGAUGGAGCUGAGGGAUGCCCUUGGGAAGAUGGGUACAUCAUGAGCUAUGUAGCAGGCAAAUCUAACAAGCUGUUCUUCUCGCCUUGUUCACAGAGUCUGAUGAGGAGCUACCUGGCUUCUGCAGAAGCAGAUUGCCUGUGGGAGAAGACCUCUGUUGAUGCUAUAACCUUGUCCAACAAAUUACCCGGAGACAUCAUCACAUUGGAUGGGCAGUGCCAGAAGAUCACUGGGAACAGCACGGCUUAUGCGUCCAAGUCUGUGAGCGACGACUCGCUGUGUGUACAGCUGGUGUGCCAGUGGCAGGAGAAGAAGGGCAAUUCGGUCUAUGUUUACACCCAGUCGUCUGGGCAGCCUGCUGCAGAAGGCUCUGCCUGCCGGGGUGGAGGACGAUGCCUCAAUGGAAAAUGCCAAUAA